AAAGAAGAAACUUUCCUUUUUUUUCGUCUCUAACCAUUUCUUAUUCGCAAAGACUUUCAUUGUCCAAAGGAAACGAAAUCAACAGCUUCUUUAUUGGCAACUUUUGCUUUCCUGAUGUAAAGAUUUUCUUAUUUUCCAUCUCUGGUUUUUGGUUUUCUUAGUUCCCUACAAGUUCUAAUUGUCACUCAUUUCUCUUGCUUGUUUGUUGGAGGAAUUUUCUGUUUUCAUUUCUGGGAAUCUCUUACUCUUUCUUUUUUUUUAACCACUGUUUUCAUCCAUGGUGGUAAACAUGGUUUUUUGAGUGUUGGGGUUGUCAUCAAGAGCAAAAAAAAGUGGCUUCUUUUUCUUUUUUGGUGAUCAAGAAGAUCAUGCAAUCCAUUUGGUCAUCUUUAAAGCUUCUUCUGAACUAUUGUUUCCUUUUCACCUUGCUUAUCUAUGGAAGAGCUGCAAGACAACUACUUUUGAUGCCUUGAAUUCUACGCACUUUCUGCUAGUGAAAGUCUCUGUUUUCUUCUUCUUCUUCUUCCCCUUUUUUUUUCCUGGUGGCUAAAUGAUAUAUUCUCUAAAGUGCUUACUUAUCUGAGUCGCCAAGUAUUUGGUUGUGGUUAUUUUGCUUUACAAAAACCUAGCCUUUGGCACCGGUGGUUCAAGUUCUCUAUAUUUGGUGUUGGUCUAUAGCUUCACAAAUACACAUACAGGAAAAACAAGCAACAUCUCUUUAUCAUUGCUCUGGCUUCCACUUGCACUAAGGUUACCAUCUGUUGAAUGGGGACUGAAGCAGUGGAGGCUCCAUCGUAUCCUUGUUCCUUUCAGGUGCAUUGCUUGAUGUGCACAGAACUUACGAAGUUUGUUGAAAGGAUUAUGAAUAUAUUUCCAGAAAUUGAAGCUGCUCGACCAAGAUGCUCCUUGGGAAUAAAGGCACUCUGCUCAUUGAACAGUGCAAUUGAGAGAGCAAAGUUACUUCUUCAGUACUGCAGUGAAUCCAGCAAACUUUAUCUGGCUAUAACCACUGAUUCCAUGGUUGCAAGAUUUCAAAAAAUAAAGAAUUUGUUGGAACAAGGUUUAUGCCAAAUUCAGAGUAUGGUUCCAGUUACGCUGGUUGCUGAGAUAUGUCAAAUUGUCGAUGAUCUGCGAGCUGCAAAUUUUGUCCCUGAUAAAUUUGAUGAAGAGGCCGGGAAAGUUGUGCGCGAAUUACUCCAUCGAGGUGCUGCGGCAUCUGAUUCAAUGGAAUACGCCGAAAUGAAAGCUCUUCAAUCUGCAGCAUCACGACUUCAUAUUACGUCUCCGAAAGCUAUCUUGAUAGAGAAAAGAUCUAUAAAGAAGUUGCUGGAGAAAGUCAGUGACUGUGACCAACCAAAGAAAAAGAUCUUAAAAUAUCUUUACUACCUGUUAAGGAAGUAUGCUAACUUGAUUAUUGGAGCUCAAACAGACAAUGAAAGAGCCUUUGCAGUUAAAAGCCCGAGUACCAGUUUUACACAUGCUCGCUCUGCCAAUGUCGAACCUCAUACAGAGUAUAAGCAGUCCAGUGUUCAAGCUGAUAUGUUAAAUAGAGCUAUACCUCCUGAGGAAUUUAAGUGCCCAAUAUCUUCAAGGUUGAUGUAUGAUCCUGUUGUCAUUGCUUCUGGGCAAACAUUUGAAAGGACAUGGAUCCAGAAGUGGUUUGAUGAUGGUAACGAUACGUGUCCGAAAACUAAGAUGAAACUGGACCAUCUGUCAUUGACCCCAAAUGCUGCCAUGAAGGAUCUGAUAUCAAAGUGGUGUAUGAAGUAUAAAAUCACCAUUCAGGACCCAAGCAUGCAACCAGAUGUGCUUCAAUCAUUGGAAACUUCUUCCGCUUCCAUAGCUAGUUUUGGCAUUUCUAUGAAUGAUCUGUGCUUUCCGGUAGACAUCAGCAGUAUAUCAAUUGGAUCUUUAGAUACGAGUUAUACUUCGGACGGAUCUCAUAACAGGAUUGCAGGUGGCUUAAGUUUGAUGCCUGAGCAGACCGGUGAUGAUUGUUUGCAACAACAAUCGGUCUGCAGCACAAGAAGUAAGAUUGAUUUGGAGUGUCUAUCUAGCCUUGCCAUGCUCGAUCGAGAAGCACAAUACAAGAUGGUUGAAGACAAGAAAAACCUUUUGAAAUGUGAUGAUCUAGAUUGUGUUUCUUUGUCAUCCAAGAAUUUCAUUGAGCCUCUGCUUAAGUUUUUGAGCAGUGCUCAUGAUUCACAUGAUAUAAGAGCACAGAAAGCUGGAUUUCAGUUGUUAUCAACCUUUCUGAGCAAAAGCAGGGAUGGCAUACGAUACUUGGACCAAAACGCAUAUAGUAUGCUAUCGUUGUUUAUAGACUCGGAAGUAACUAGAGAGGUUCUUGACAUUAUGGAAGUAUUGUCUGAACAUAGCAGCUGUAAAUCUAAGAUUUCAGCAUCUGGUGCUCUUGUUUCCAUGUUAAACAUUCUCGAUUCGAACAUCAAAGAUUUCCAGGAUCAAAUCAUCAAAAUUUUGAGCAAUCUGUCCUCUUCAAGCACUGAUAUUUGUUCCGAUUUGGUGUCUCCAGAAUGCAUCCCGAAACUUAUUCCGUAUUUACAAGACACCUCUCUUGCAAAACACUGCAUAGUGGUGCUGAGAAACUUGUGUAAUAAUCAAGAGGGUAGGACUUGGAUCACUCAAACACCUGGCUGCAUUGCUUCGAUUGCUAUGUUACUCGAGACUGGUGGUUUUGAGGAUCAAGAGAAUGCACUGGCUAUUCUCCUUACAUUGUGCUCACAAAGUAUAGAAUACUGUCACUUAGUUAUGGAUGAGUGUUGCAUAUUUCCUGUCCUUUUUGAUGUAUCCGUUAAGGGGAAUGAGAAAGGAAAGGCAAGUGCACUAGAAUUGCUACGGCUCCUUAGGGAUACCAAACAUGAUGCUGAUGAUGAUGAUGCUGAUAAACAAGAAUGCUCAAACUCCAACGAUGUCGAAUCCGAAGAUGCUAACAACUAUUCCAAAGACAAGGUGUCUCAUAAGAUAUUGUUUGGGGUGAAAUUACCAAAGUUCUCAAGAUCCACGGCACCAAAAAAGAAGAAAUGAAACUUGGAAUUAUCUGCUUUCUCUAUCAAUUGUGCUUAUCAAAUGGGAUUUGGCAAAGAUAUCUUCAUACUGUAAGUAAAUGUAGUUAGUAAAUGAUUUUGUCCGGUCCCAACACUUACUUUCAUGAUCUAUUUUUCUUAGAAUGAUGUAUCUGCAGCCAUUUUCUGUAUUCUAUGUUGCUUCUGACUCUUUUCUUUUUUGUUGGAGUUUUAAGUAAAGGAAAGAAGAAAAUAAAAAUAUUUCAUAUGCAAA